ACUGGUGGGAAGUGGAGAAUGAGAGAGAACCAUGUGGGAUGUUAAUGAAAAGAGACAAAUGUGAAAAUAGUGACCAGCUGAGAAGGAAAACUGAAGCAAAUUGGAAUACAAGAUGUAAUACCUUUGCUUCUCAAGACAAUGCCUCCCAUGAUACCACAAUUGAAGAAGAAAUACAUAAAGAUGAGGAAAACAAUAUGUGCCCUGUGUGUACGAAAACUUUCAGUUCCGAAUCAAACAAUGAAGCUCAUUGCAAAAUUCACACCUUGAAGAAACCAUAUAAAUGUUUGGACUGUGGGAAAAGCUUUGGUAAGAAGUUACAUCUCACUCGUCAUCAAAGAAUUCACACAGGGGAGAAACCGUAUCAUUGUCUGGAGUGUGGAAAGAGUUUCAGUCAGAAGAUAAAUCUUACUCAGCAUCAAAGAACUCACACAGGGGAGAAACCAUAUAAUUGUCUGGAGUGUGGAAAGAGCUUCAGUCAGAAGGUAACUCUCACUCAGCAUCAAAGAACUCACACAGGGGAGAAACCUUAUCAUUGUCUGGAAUGUGGAAAGAGCUUCAGUAAAAAGAUUAAUCUUACUUAUCAUCAGAGAAGUCACACAGGGGAGAAACCAUAUCAUUGUUUGGAGUGUGGAAAGUGCUUCAGGCAGAAAGAAUAUCUCACUCUCCAUCAGCGAACUCACACAGGGGAGAAACCAUAUCAUUGUUUGGAGUGUGAAAAGAGCUUCAGUCAUAAGAUUAAUCUCACUUAUCAUCAGAGAACUCACACAGGAGAGAAACCAUAUCAUUGUUUGGAGUGUGGAAAGAGCUUCAGCCAGAAGAUUUCUCUCAUUAAACAUCAGCGUACUCACACAGGGGAGAAACCAUAUCAUUGUUUGGAGUGUGGUAAGAGCUUCAGGAAGAAGGAAUAUCUCACUCUGCAUCAGAGAUCUCACACAGGAGAAAAAAUGUAUCAUUGUUUGGAGUGUGGAAAAAGCUUCACUCGUAAGAUUAUACUAACUUAUCAUCAGAAAACUCACACAGGAGAGAAACCAUAUCAUUGUUUGCAUUGUGGAAAGAGCUUCACUCGUAAGAUUAAUAUGACUUAUCAUCAAAGAACUCACACAGGAGAGAAACCAUAUCAUUGUUUGGAGUGUGGAAAGAGCUUCAGCCAGAAGUUUUCUCUCAUUAAUCAUCAGAGAACUCACACAGGAGAGAAACCAUAUCAUUGUUUGGAGUGUGGAAAGAGCUUCAGGAAGAAGGAAUAUCUUACUCUGCAUCAGAGAACUCACACAGGAGAAAAACAGUAUCAUUGUUUGGAUUGUGGAAAGAGCUUCAAAACCAUAUUGCAUCUCACUCGUCAUCAAAGAAUCCACACAGGGGAGAAACCAUAUCAAUGUUUUGAGUGUGGAAAGAGCUUCAGUGAAAAGAAAACUCUCAUUUCUCAUCAAAGAAUUCACACUGGGGAGAAGCCAUACCAUUGUUUGGACUGUGGAAAGAGCUUCAGUCAUAAGUUAACUCUUAAUUCUCAUCAAAGAACUCACACAGGGGAGAGACCAUAUAAAUGUUUGGACUGUGGAAAAAGCUUAAGUCGGAAGAUGCAUCUUAUUUCCCAUCAAAGAAUUCACACAGGUGAGAAACCAUAUAAAUGCUUGGAGUGUGGAAAGAGCUUCAGUGAGAAGAAAACUCUCUCUACUCAUCAAAGAAUUCACACUGGGGAGAAGCCAUACCAUUGUCUGGAGUGUGGAAAGAGCUUCAGUGAAAAGAAAACUCUCAUUUCUCAUCAAAGAAUUCACACUGGGGAGAAGCCAUACCAUUGUUUGGAGUGUGGAAAGAGCUACAGUCAUAAAAUAACUCUCACUCAGCAUCAAAGAAUUCACGCUGGGGAGAAGCCAUACCAUUGUUUGGAGUGUGGAAAGAGCUUCAGUGAGAAGAAAACUCUUACUACUCAUCAAAAAAUUCACACUGGGGAGAAGCCAUACCAUUGUUUGGAGUGUGGAAAGAGCUUCGGUCAUAAAAUAACUCUCACUCAGCAUCAAAGAAUUCACGCUGGGGAGAAGCCAUACCAUUGUUUGGAAUGUGGAAAAAGCUUCAGUGUGAAGAAAACUCUCACUACUCAUCAAAGAAUUCACACUGGGGAGAAGCCAUACCAUUGUUUGGAGUGUGGAAAGAGCUUCAGCCAGAAGAUAAAUCUCACUUCUCAUCAAAGAAUUCACUCAGGGGAUAAACCUGGCCCUGAUGCUGUUAAGUGUGGAAGCAGUGAGGAAUUCUGGGCAACAGCACUGCAGAAGGACCUGGGUGAAAACAUGGUCAGCUCAGAAGUGCAGCGUCAGCGGUUCAGGCAGCUCCAUUACCAGGCAGCCGAAGGGCCCAGAAAGGUUUGGAACCAACUCCAUGAUCUUUCCCGCUGGUGGCUGAAGCCAGAGAGACACACAAAAAACCAAAUUGUGGACCUGGUGCUCCUGGAGCAGUUCCUGACCAUCCUGCCAGCGGAGAUGGCAAGCUGGGGUCCGGUGACUUUUGAGGAGGUUGCUGUGUGGUUCACAGAGGAGGAGUGGGUGCUGCUGGAUCCUGACCAGAGAGCCCUGCACAGCCAGGUCAUGGAGGAGAAUUGUGGGAUUGUGGCCUCUCUCGGUGACCGGUGGGAAGUGGAGAAUGAGAGAGAGCAAUGUGGGAUGACAACGAAAGGAGACAAAUGUGAUAAUAGUGACCAGGUGAGAAGGAAAACUGAAGCAACUUCUAAUACAAGAUAUAAUUUCUUUGCUUCUCAAGGCAAUGCCUUCCAUGAUAUCAUAAUUGAAGAAGAAAUACAUAAAGAUGAAGAAAAGAAUAUGUGCUGUAUGUGUACGGAAACUUUCAGUUCUGAAUCAAGCAAUGAAGCUCCUUGCAAAAUUCAUACACUGAAGAAACCAUAUAAAUGUUUGGACUGUGGAAAAAGCUUUGGUAAGAAGUUGCAUCUCACUCGUCAUCAAAGAAUCCACACAGGGGAGAAACCAUAUCAAUGUUUUGAGUGUGAAAAGAGCUUCAGUCGAAAGAUGUCCCUCACUUGUCAUCAAAGAACUCAUACAGGAGAGAAACCAUAUAAUUGUCUGGAGUGCGGAAAGAGCUUCAGUCAGAAGAUAACUCUCACUCAGCAUCAAAGAACUCACACAGGGGAGAAACCAUAUCAGUGUUUGGAAUGUGGAAAGAGCUUCAGUCAUAAGAUAACUCUUAAUUCUCAUCAAAGCUUUCACACAGGAGAGAAACCAUAUCAUUGUUUGGAGUGUGGAAAGAGCUUCAGUCAGAAGAUAAAUCUCACUCAGCAUCAAAGAAUUCACACGGGGGAGAAACCAUAUCAAUGUUUGGAAUGUGGAAAAAGCUUCAAUCAGAAGAUAACUCUUACUUCUCAUCAAAGAACUCACACAGGGGAGAAACCAUAUCAUUGUGUGGAAUGUGGAAAGGACUUCAGUCGGAAGAUGCAUCUUAUUUCUCAUCAAAGAAUUCACACAGGUGAGAAACCAUAUAAAUGCUUGGAGUGUGAAAAGAGCUUCAAUCAGAAGAUAGCGCUUACUUCUCAUCAAAGAAUCCACACUGGGGAGAAGCCAUACCAUUGUUUGGAGUGUGGAAAGAGCUUUGGUCAUAAAAUAACUCUCACUCAGCAUCAAAGGACUCACACAGGAGAGAAACCUUAUCAUUGUUUGGAAUGUGGAAAGAGCUUUGGUCAUAAAAUAUCUCUCAUUCAGCAUGAAAGAACUCACACAGGGGAGAAACCUUACCAUUGUUUGGAGUGUGGAAAGAGCUUCAGCCAGAAGACAAAUCUCACUUCUCAUCAAAGAAUUCACUCAGGGGAGAAACCAUAGGACUGUAUGGCAUCCGGAAUGAGCCUUGGCAGAACAAAAACCUUGCUUCUCAUCAAAGAAAUCACAGAGGCGAGAAUUUGUAAAACUGCUUAGAAUGUGGGGGAAAAUAUCUGAUCUCACAUUUCAACUAAUAACUCACACAGUGGAGAAACCAUAGAAAUGCUUAGAUUGGGAUGAGAUUAAUUUAUGAUCAACCCAUAUUUCAUAUUGCAGGACCUACAUAGGAGAUACACUAUAUAAAGGGAUGUCAACCAAGGAGUCUAUUGAUAUGGUGAAGCUAAUCAAGGGAUGUUUCUGGGGGGCUCCUGAUGGACCUAUGGUCCCUUUGGAGUACACCAGGAGAACAACCUUCAGAGUGGUGGCCCCCUUCCUAUGGGAUUUCCUGCCAGGCUGGUUGUAUUGCUUCCGGCACCUGCUGAAAAUGUUUUUUCAGGAAGCUUUUUUUUCUUAAAUGACUGGCCGCAGUUUUACCAGAACUUUGUUCUUUUUUUAAAAAGUAAUUUUAGUAUAGUGUUUUUAUUGUUUUAUUUGAUUUGUUGUUCACCACUCCAAAAACCUUUGGAUGAGGAGCAGUAUAUAAAUUUUGUAACUAAAUAGAAAUAAAUAAUUUAAUAAACUAUCUUUCCCUUUAUAUCAGUAUAUCAUAAAAAAUAGUGACGUGCAGACAACAAAACUUCCAAGAACAUGUGGUGGGAUAGAUUUCCUCAUUUCAGUGCAUUUCAAAUUUCUUUAAUAAAGGUUUUAUUUGUUUUAGUUAAAGGGUUAUGAAUAAAAAGUCUGUUUUCCAAUAUUGAAUAAAUAUGUGGAAUUAGCAAAACCAAGACGAUGCUUCAUUAAAGUAGGAAUGGAUCGCUCCUUCUUUUAUGACAAAUAGAAAAAAAAUGUUCUGGCAUUAUAAACCUCAAAAUUUAAUAAAAGUGACACCUCCUGUGUUCAUCACCUGAGCCUUAGCUUUAGAGAUCGACUUGAUGAAUUCUACAUUUGUGCCCAAAUUUAAACUAGAAUGAUAAAAAUUGGCAC